AUGCCAUGUAAAAUGAAAAAAACUUUUGUAACGGAUACACCCAAACCUUUGAAAAAAGUGCGUAUUCCAGAAUUAUUGAAACCUUCUAAAUUAAGUUCAAGGCAACAUGUAACAUGCGAUUGUAAUAUAUGUAAAGGUAAAAAAGUCAAUCCAUGUACAAAAGAAUCGCAUACGAAAGAAAGAGAAUUACCAGUAAGGAAUGAACCUUCCAAAAUGGUAGCCAGAGAAGGUGCAAGUCGAAUAAAUGUUCUGGAUGGUCCUAUGGAUUUAGACGAGAUAAAUAUUAGUGAUAGUGAGAAAGAAGAUGAUGAUUCCAGAAGGGAAUAA